CACGUGACUUAGGAAUUACCGGUAUCACGUGAUCCUUGGCAGUGUGUCCGCUGUGGUGAGGGGUGUGUUUGUGUCAGAGGAGUGUGUGUGAGGAUGCUCUUCGGUGUGUUCGGUGUUCAGGAGCUCAGAUCCAGGUGAGACGUGGAGGACGUGACGAAUCAAAGCAGGGUGCAGAGAAAGUCCUUCCAACAGUCUGAGGACAGAAUGGAGAAUGGUUCUGGUUCUGGAACUGGUUUAUUAAACAGACAGCGUUCUGGAGGAACAGAAGAGUCUCAGCCCAGAGAGAUGAUGCAGCUGAAGAAGGAAAUCUCGCUCCUGAACGGCAUCAGCCUCAUUGUGGGAAACAUGAUCGGCUCAGGGAUCUUUGUCUCUCCUAAAGGGGUGCUGAUGUACAGCACCUCCUACGGGCUGUCGCUGGUCAUCUGGGCCAUCGGAGGACUCUUCUCUGUCAUUGGCGCUCUGUGUUAUGCUGAAUUAGGAACCACUAUCACUAAGUCAGGCGCCAGUUACGCCUAUAUCCUGGAGUCAUUUGGAGGUUUUCUGGCAUUUAUUCGUCUCUGGACGUCGCUCCUCAUCAUUGAACCCACCAGCCAGGCCAUCAUCGCCAUCACCUUUGCCAACUACCUGGUGCAGCCUCUGUUCCCCACCUGCGAGCCACCGUACUCUGCCUCUCGCCUCAUCGCUGCCGCCUGCAUCUGUUUGUUGACGUUCAUUAACGCUGCAUAUGUGAAGUGGGGCACCAGAGUGCAGGACAUCUUCACUUACGCCAAAGUUCUGGCGCUCAUCGUCAUCAUCAUUACAGGCCUGGUGAAGCUGUGUCAGGGUCGCACAGAGAACUUUGAGGGUUUCUUCCAGGGAUCGUCUCAUGAUCCAGGAGGCAUCGCUCUGGCCCUGUACUCCGCCCUGUUCUCCUACUCAGGUUGGGACACGCUCAACUUUGUCACUGAAGAAAUCAAGAACCCUGAGAGGAAUCUUCCUUUGGCUAUCGCCGUGUCGAUGCCCAUCGUCACCAUCAUCUACAUCCUGACCAACGUGGCCUACUACACUGUGCUGGACAUGAGCUCCAUCCUCGCCAGUGACGCCGUGGCUGUGACGUUUGCUGAUCACACUUUAGGUGUAAUGAGUUGGACUAUCCCAAUCGCUGUGGCUCUGUCCUGUUACGGUGGACUUAACUCCUCAAUCAUUGCAGCAUCCAGGCUUUUCUUCGUUGGAUCUCGUGAAGGUCAUCUACCUGAUGCAUUAUCAAUGAUCCAUGUAGAGAGGUUCACGCCUGUCCCUGCGCUCCUCUUCAAUUGUGCCAUGGCUCUGAUCUACCUGACAGUACAGGACGUGUUCCAGCUGAUUAACUACUACAGCUUUAGUUACUGGUUCUUUGUCGGUUUGUCCAUCGCUGGACAGAUCUACUUGCGCUGGAAAGAUCCGGACAGACCGCGGCCUCUGAAGUUGUCGUUGGUGUACCCUGUGCUGUUCUGCUUGUGUACGGUGUUCCUGGUCGCUGUUCCCCUCUACAGCGACACGCUUAACUCCCUCAUCGGCAUCGCCAUCGCUCUCUCCGGUGUUCCUGUGUACUUCCUGGGAGUUCAUCUCCCCGUGUCCAAACGGCCGCCGUUCAUCACCGCACUGCUGCGUUCUGUCACUCGAUUCACUCAGUUCACGUGUUUCUGUGUGCUGACUGAGAUGGACCCGGUGGAUUAAAUCGAUCAUGUAUGAAAGAACUACUUGAUCAGCUCACACACACACACACACACACACACCUUUUCUCAGGGAUGCGUGUGAAGGACCUUCUGGAGGACGUAAGCUGAUGGAUUUCCGAUUGUCUUCCUAUGUUAUUUAUCCGUCUGUGUUAUGUGACACUUUUUAAAAAUUCUUUCUGAUCAUGUAAAAAAAUGUAUAAAAGUUAUUUAUUAGCUACUUUUUAUUUGAAAGGUUUUGGAUAUUUAGAGGAAAAAAAUCUGAGCAAGUGAAAAUAUCUUUGAGUUUAGUCCAAGUGAUCGAAUUUAUUAUAAGGAACUGAGACUAAGAUUAUUAACCAAAAAAAAGCUACAAUAAAAUAUAAAGCUCUAAAUUGUCUGAUUAAUAAAACCAUAAUGAUAAGAAACAAUAGAUGAGUUCUAUUAACAUUGAAGAUAUUUUCACCUGAUUAAAUGACUGGUUGCAGUGAGUUUUGCUUUAUGAUGUAAUUGUAAAGAGAAACACACGUGUUAUUUUAUGUUGAGAAAAACGUCUGACACGUGACACACGGGUGUUUCACGUCAUCACGUGUUGUGUUGAUAGUGCAUGUGAUCACACAGUAAGAGGUUUAUCACUAAUUGUUGUAUUUCUUUAGACGAGACUCUGACUUCACUCUCUGCUCUCGUCCUGUCGUGUUUCUGCUCUGCUUUAGAGAAUCACGACCAUAAACCUGAUGCCUGAGUUUUUAAUUGCAGUUUGAUCAGAAACGUGUCGAGAUACAUACUGAUCAAAGGGGUGUGUGUGUGUGUGAGAGAGAGAGAGACACACACUGGAUUCUUUAUCCCUAAUAUUGUACACUGAUUUCCUGAUUUUGUCGCUUUCAUAAAGUGCAGCUGGAGUUUUAUUUAUUUUACAGUUUUUCAAUAAACAUUUCUGAAUUUGAA